CGUUCCAAAAUCCUCGCGCUUUGUGCGUCCAAGAUGUCGGCGCCCGUGGAGGUGGUGGUGACUGCGGACUCGGCGGGGCAGCUGUGGAACUGCGCUGUGUUCGACCCUCACACCGGAACAAACCUCUUAUCCUACCGGGGCGGGAACUCAUCAGCUCGAGCUUUAACCAUCCUCAACGGAGAGUACAUCCUCGGAGCUCAGCUCGGCAAGAACUUCAUCAACGUGUGGGAGAUCCAGAGGAAGGACCAGCUGCAGCAGAAAAUUGUGUGUCCUGGGAUUGUAACCUGCCUGACAGCCUCCCCUGAUGGCCUCUAUCUGCUGGCAGGCAUUGCUGAAGCCAUAUAUCUGUGGGAGGUUUCAACUGGAAACCUGCUGGUUAUUUUGAAUCGUCACUACCAGGACCUGAGCUGCCUGCGGUUCACUGACGACAGCAGCCAUUUUGUGUCCGGAGGAAAAGACAAUCUGGCACUUGUAUGGAACCUCGCCAGUGUUGUACAGUUGGACUCCUCUCGCACCCCGGAGCCUCGGCAUGUGUUAUCACGCCACACUCUUCCCAUCACCGAUAUCCACUGUGGGCUGAUGGGAGCUCAGGCAAGAGUGGCUACUGCGUCUUUAGACCAGACUGUUAAGCUGUGGGAAAUCUCCUCAGGAGAGAUGCUUUUGUCAGUCCUCUUUGAUGUCAGCAUCAUGUCAGUGACCCUUGACCCUUGUGAGUACUUCCUGUUCUGUGGAGGAAGUGAUGGGAAUAUCUUCCAGGUCUCCCUCUGUAGCACGGCUUUGAGUCGGGAUAAGACCUUCCAGUCAGACGGCGAAGGCAAUCAGGUGUUCAAAGGCCACAGGAACUUAGUGAUGUGCCUGUCUGUGUCCAUGGACGGUACGCUGCUGCUGUCAGGUUCGCAUGACGAGACUGUCAGGAUGUGGGAUGUUCAGAGCAAGCAGUGCAUCCGCUGCAUCAGCCACAAAGGUCAGGUGACCAAUGCUGCUAUUGUUCCAGCCCCGGGGAACAUGUUCCUACCCGACAGUCGACCUGGCAUCCCGUUACCCCGCUUCAGCCGGCAUCUGAACAAUUCCGAGCACGCCGAGGGAGCCGGAACGGGAGGAAUGUGUCUCAGGCUGGCCGCCAACUGCCAGGACUCGGGGGAGACAUAUCUGGAGAAGGCAGACCGCCUCCAUUCUCUUAUGUGCGCUGUAACAGACAAGAGCGUGUUCGGUGAUGGCGAGAACACGAAGGUACGCGUGUCAGAGUUGGAAGAAGAAGUGAGGACCCUGAAGAAAAUCAACAAAGACCUGUACGAGUUUUCCACACAGCUCCUGACAAAGCCUAAUUAGAAAGAGUUACCUCUCUUCACCCGGAGAUGAAUUUGCUCAAAUGAAUUAAAGUUCAGUGAAAUUUGCUCUCACACAGUGAUGCGAUCAGUUUUCUAUGUCGUUUUUGAAAUUCUCCAAACACAUGCCAUGAGGUCUGCCUUUGUGUGAAAGAUUUUUUCCUUUUUUUUUUUUUUUGUAUUCAUCAUGUCCAUGUUUUUGUAUACUGUUUCUACAUUUAUGAAAUGCAGAACUGACCGUCAUGCAGUCAAUAAAGCACGGAACAGAAUUCAUCAAUAA